UGCUACAUUCCUGGUUGAUGUUAUUGCCUCUUUGUUCAUUCCAUGUAGCCCCUCCUUUCACCGUCUCUCUCCUUUCUCAUCCCCCAAUUAAAAAAGUAUUUCGUAUGGUCCCCCUCCCUCCUCCAUCCUUUUCCCUCCUUCCAUUUCUCACCUCCCUCCUCUUGCCUCCCUUCACUCAGUCCCAUCACUGACCCAAUUAAGCAUUGGGAGGGACACAGCAGGAGUAUAGUGACGGAGGUAAGGAGAGAAAGAGAGGGAGGACAGGCGGAGAGUGGAGAGAGUUUGAGAGUCGGUAGCUUUAACAGCAGAGAGAGAGAGAGAGUGAGAAAACAGUAUCCGCCAACCUGCCAGGACGUACACAGUGAAUUGUCCAAACUUCACCUGGAACUUAAACAACCUUUGACAGCCUCGAGGGCGAAGCGAGUGGAGCAGCAAGUCGACAGCCCUGCUGCCACGCACCCGCUCUUGAUGAAGAAGCGAGGAGAAUAACAAUCCACCUUCGCUGAGGACAACGGGUGGGGUGCCGUGAGGACUUAGGAUGGGCGAGUGCCGGCACAUAGAGGGAGACUGAGAGGAGAGACUGAGGCGACAAAGACGUUGCAUUCCUGGUCGGAGCUGGGGGGGAGGAGGAGGGGGGUAACGUGGUUGCCCCGGGGGGCAACAGGAUUUUUGUUGACAGAAACAGAGAAAGAGGAGGACGGGGAAGGAUGCAUCUGUUCUUCAAAGACAAGUGGGAGGUGGAGGGGCUGCAGACUGUGGGCAUCCUCCUGGUGGUCUGCAGCUCCCUCAAACUGAUGCACUUUCUGGGGCUUAUCGACCUUUCAGUGGAAGACAGCGUGGAAGAUGAUUUUGAGUUAUCCACCGUGUGCCAUCGCCCUGAAAGCAUGGACAAGCUUCAGGAGCAGACCAAGUUCACCAAGAAGGAGCUGCAGGUCCUCUACAGGGGCUUUAAAAAUGAGUGUCCGUGCGGUGUGGUGAAUGAGGAGAACUUUCAGCACAUUUACUCCCAGUUCUUUCCUCAGGGAGAUUCAAGUAUGUAUGCACAUUUCCUGUUUGAAGCCUUCGACACCAACAAGAACGGCUCGGUUAGUUUUGAGGACUUUGUAUUUGGCCUAUCUAUCAUCCUGAGAGGGACCGUUAAUGACCGGCUAAACUGGGCGUUCAACCUCUACGACCUGAACAAGGACGGCUGCAUCACCAAAGAGGAGAUGUUGGACAUCAUGAGGUCCAUCUAUGACAUGAUGGGGAAGUACACAUACCCCACUAUGCAGGACGACGCCCCAAGAGAACAUGUGGAAAGCUUCUUCCAGAAAAUGGACAGGAAUAAAGACGGGGUGGUCACUGUAGAGGAGUUCAUCGAGUCUUGCAAAAAGGAUGAGAACAUCAUGCAGUCCAUGCAGCUGUUUGACAAUGUCAUCUAAACAUCUGGACCAGUUAGGACGCUGGCACCAGGGAGGGGAUUGUGUGUGUGUGUGUGUGUGUGUAAGCGGAAUCCAGAUUGAAAUGUUUGUGAAUGCGUGUGUCUGUGUGGCUGUUUUCUGACCUGCAAGCGCUCGUGCGUGUCUCUUUUAAGAGCUGUGAGUCCCGAGGGCGCGGAGAGGCCUCUCUUCCCGGACGCCCAGUGGCAGCGAUGGAGUUUCCCCGACUCCUUCCUCAUCAUGCAGAACUUAAGUUUUAUCCCGGAGAUACAAGGAAAGAUGGCAAGCAGGGAUCUCACAGUAACUCGCACAACCAAGACCCCACACCUCUUUUAUCUUUUUUUAAAAACUUUUAUUUAUUACUAUUAUUGAUGAACUUUCACAGCCUGUCGCGGCUGAACUCAAUAGGGAAGCAGUUUUCCUCCAGACCGUUACCUAAGAACACGUUUCCCUUCUUUCCCUGUGACAGCUGAGCUGUGGAUUAGUGAAUCCUGCUUUUGUGCACGUGGGUAACAUCAGACUGCUCAUGCAUCGGCUGUGAUGAUAGAAACGAAUCUAUCGCCAUCUAGUGGACAAGACAGAGAGAAUGACACUUCCUGAGGGGAACAGCUGAUGAAUUGGAAAUCCAAGUGAUCCCGUUUGGUUCAAACCUGUCGUUUUCCAUGAGGAACUGAUUUCAAUAUCGCAUGAUGAUGUCACUAAUAUCCAAUUAUGUAUUUACAGAGAUACUCCAAAGUCUGCUUGUCUGUCUGCUGUUCCUAGUCAUUCACAGGUGCCUCACCCUUUGUGUACGUGUGUGUGUGCAUGUGUAACAGAAAGAGAUGUCAUCCAUUCAUACCCGAUGUGAGACUCUGACGGGACGCCCGCCUCCAUUCAUGAUUCUGGUAGAAUAAUUCCCGGCCUUCCAAACUAUUACAGUUUUAGCUGUAGGUGUCUAUUGCCUGUUGUACAUUUCCUAGUAUUCCCAGUGGUGUGGUAUUAGACAGUACAAACGUGGGGAUUGCACAGUAGUUGAGACUCUCUAAAAAAAGGGACAUGCCACAGUCGCACUUGUCUCAUCAAUACACAUCCGAGGGGGAACUUAUUAGAUCGCAGAUUGUAUUUGUGAACUUCUUGUAAUCGGAAAUGUCAUGUGGUUGUAGCAGGUUCUACCACUUCCAAAAAAAAAAAAAAAAUCUCUAAACCCUUGUUCCAUAAAAUUAGCUUAAUUCACUUUAAAAACAAGUCAUAGUAUGUGGGUGUGUACUAGUUAGUGAGUGACAGAGAGAGAGAUGGUUUCAUCAUUUUUUCAUUUAUGCCCGCCCUCUCAUUCCUUAUUCCCCCUCUCUCUGUAACACCAAAGAGAAGAUGUAAGAGGUAUAUGAAGACAUGCAGCCCACCCAUGGGUGAAGAGAGAGGGAGAUGCUGUGUACUAAGUAGGGCAAGGUGCAAUCAGAGAUAACAGUUUGGUAAAGUGUCACUGUGGAAUGAAUAAACAGUUUUAUGAAGAAUUUGCAACCAUUUAUUAAUUUGCUCCUUUUCACACUAGGACUCUGUUAAUCUAAGAUAGCGUAAGUACCAGAGGCACUCGAGCUGUACUUCAAUAGGCUGCAGUGUCUUUUAAUUGCCGACAAUAACGUGGAAUAGCAAUAAUUCUCUCCUCCGUGUUAUCAGCACCUUUUCAACCUCCAACUUUACAUCCGUCUCAGAGCACAGUAUAAGGGUGCACUACGGCCCUGAUGAAAAUAUGCACUUUUAAACCUGCAAUUUCCUUUCUCUUUUAUGUUCUUCCUUUAAUUGUUCAUUUCAAGGAGAGGGACAAAAAGUGGUUUGGCUCUGAUUGUUCCUUGCAAACAGUUUUUAACUUCCAUUCCCGACCACAAGUAAAACCUGUCUAUACCCGCAUGUGCUGUGUCUAGAACAAUGAGAAACCUACUAACCCGUUGUACCAAUUGUCUAGUUAGCUAGCCUCAGCUGGUUGCAUUACGUAUUUAAAAAUGUGUAUAUUUUGUACAGAGACAAUAAAAAUCACAGUUACUAUGCAAAA